GCAGGGCAUUGUAUCUGCAGAUCCUGGUGGGAUCUCCUAAAGCUGGGACAUCCCACAGCCUACAUGAUAGUGCCCCAUUGUGAGAGGAAGAAAAUGUCCAAUGGUACAUCCAUCACGCAGUUCCUCCUCCUGGCAUUCUCAGACACAAGAGAGCUGCAGCUCUUGCACUUCUGGCUCUUCCUGGUCAUCUACCUGGCUGCCCUCCUGGGAAACGGCCUUGUCAUCACCACCAUAGCCUGCGACCACCGCCUUCACACCCCCAUGUACUUCUUCUUCCUUAACCUCUCCCUCCUCGACCUGGGAUCCAUCUCUACCACUGUUCCCAAAUCCAUGGUGAAUUCCCUGUGGGAAACCAGGGACAUUUCCUACUCAGGAUGUGUUGCCCAGGUCUUUCUGUUUAUCUUUUUGUUAUCGGCAGAAUAUUAUAUUCUCACUGUCAUGGCCUAUGAUCGCUACGUGGCCAUCUGCAAACCCCUGCACUAUGGGACUCUCCUGGGCAGCAGAGCUUGUGUCCACAUCGUAGCAGCUGCCUGGGGCAGUGGGUUCCUCAAUGCUGUGCUGCACACAGCCAGUAUGCUUUCCAUACCUCUGUGUAAGGGCAAUGCUGUGGACCAAUUCUUCUGUGAAAUCCCCCAGAUCCUCAAGCUCUCCUGCUCAGAUUCCAACCUCAGGGAAGUUGGGCUUCUUGUGCUUAGUUUUUGUUUCUCUAUUGGGUGUUUUGUUUUCAUCCUGAUGUCCUAUGUGCAGAUCUUCAAGGCCGUGCUGAGGAUCCCCUCUCAGCAGGGACGGCACAAAGCCUUUUCCACGUGCCUCCCUCACCUGGCCAUGGUCUCCUUGUUUAUCAUCACUGCCAUUAUUUCCUACCUUAAGCCCCCCUCCAUCUCUUCCACAUCUCUGGAUCUGGUAGUGGCAGUUCUCUACUCAGUGGUGCCUCCAGCAGUGAACCCUCUCAUCUACAGCAUGAGGAACCAGGAGCUCAACGACGCACUAAAGAAGCUGAUUCAAUCAGUUGUGUUUCUGCAGCAAUAA